GAGAGGCGGGCGGAAGCCCAGAGCGGAGUUGCAGGGCGAUGGGGACCCGAGGCAGCUGUGUGCAACCGCGCCAGCCCGCAGCCUCUAGUGGGGCUUUCCGUGGGGCCGAGCGAGGGGGUUCCCGCUGUUUACAAUUCUGCAGCUCCAGUGGGCCCCCCCCUUAUCCACGGUUUCGUUACCUGAGGUCAACCGAGGCUGAGAAAGAUUUAAGUGGAAAUUUCCAGAAAUAAAUAACUCGUGUUUAUUACAGCACAUUGCUAUAACCAGUCUAUGUUAUCAUCAGCUACUGUUGUUCAGCUCUUCGUGUACCUGAUUUAUCAACUUCCCCGAGAUUUGUAGGUACAGGAAGAAACAGUAUGUACAGGGUUGAGUGGGACCACGGCUUCGGGAAUCCACAGGGGCACGGCCGGAGCAGGAAGCAUUGGGUGGGAGUUUGGGUGCGUGGUCAGCUACAGAAGCCCUGGAAGCUGGGUGUUGGGGUGUGUGGAGAAACUGACCGAGCAGCUCUUGCAGCCAGUGAGCCCUGGACAGAGUGUCCUGAGUGAACGGGGAAGUGAAGGGCCAGAUAGACAGGGCAGCCAGGCUUACCCAGCCCCUGCCUCCCCGGGUCCCUGCAGACAAGAGUAAUUAGGUUGUUCCUUAAUCACAGCUGGUGCACAGACAGGAGACAUGGGGCUCGGGACUGGCUGGCGGGCAUGCCUCCCUCUGGGACCCCCUUCCCCCCCAGUUUGGCCCUGGGUAAUCUCUUGUUUUCCUGUCUCCCUCAGGACACCGGGUUCCCUAGGAGCCGCCCCAGGCUUAAUGAUUGUCCAGGAGGUGGCUAUAAAGGGAGCCUGGGAGGCUGGGUGGAGGAGGGAGCAGAAGAAACCUAACUCAGCAGAUCUGUGCACGGGGAGAGCCGCAGGCAGGAGCUGUGGUCGGAGGCUCCUCCUGGCCGCCAGGGCCUGCUUCUUCCCACCAUGGCGGCCCGGGGCUAUGGCUAUUACCGCACCGUGAUCUUCUCAGCCAUGUUCGGAGGCUACAGCCUGUACUACUUCAACCGCAAGACCUUCUCCUUUGUCAUGCCGUCGCUGGUGCAGGAGAUCCCCCUGGACAAGGAUGACCUGGGGCUCAUCACCAGCAGCCAGUCGGCAGCCUAUGCCAUCAGCAAGUUUGUGAGUGGUGUGCUGUCCGACCAGAUGAGUGCCCGCUGGCUCUUCUCCUCUGGGCUGCUCCUGGUCGGCCUGGUCAACAUAGUGUUUUCCUGGAGCUCCGCGGUCCCUGUCUUCGCUGCUCUCUGGUUUCUUAAUGGCUUGGCCCAGGGGCUGGGCUGGCCCCCCUGCGGGAAGGUCUUACGGAAGUGGUUUGAGCCAUCUCAGUUUGGCACUUGGUGGGCCAUCCUGUCAACCAGCAUGAACCUGGCUGGAGGGCUGGGCCCCAUCCUGGCCACUGUCCUGGCCCAGAGCUACAGCUGGCGCAGCACGCUGGCACUGUCUGGGGCCCUGUGUGUGGCUGUCUCCUUCCUCUGUCUCCUGCUCAUCCACAAUGAACCUGCCGAUGUUGGACUCCGCAACCUGGACCCCACGCCCUCCAAGGGCAAGAAGGGCUCCUCGAAGGAGGAGAGCACCCUACAGGAGCUGCUGCUCUCCCCCUACCUAUGGGUGCUCUCCACUGGCUACCUGGUGGUGUUUGGAGUAAAAACCUGCUGUACUGACUGGGGCCAGUUCUUCCUUAUCCAGGAGAAAGGGCAGUCAGCCCUCGUGGGUAGCUCCUACAUGAGUGCCCUGGAGGUAGGGGGCCUUGUAGGCAGCAUCGCAGCUGGCUACCUGUCAGACCGGGCCAUGGCCAAGGCGGGGCUGUCCGUGUACGGGAGCCCUCGCCAUGGCCUGUUGCUGCUCAUGAUGGCCGGCAUGACAGCGUCCAUGUACCUCUUCCGGGUGACGGUGACCAGUGACUCCCCCAAGCUCUGGAUCCUGGUGUUGGGAGCUGUGUUUGGUUUCUCCUCAUAUGGCCCCAUCGCCUUGUUUGGAGUCAUAGCCAAUGAGAGUGCUCCUCCCAACUUAUGUGGCACCUCUCAUGCCAUUGUGGGACUCAUGGCCAAUGGCUCUCCUCUUCUCCCUGACAGUGGGCGGCUUUCUGGCCGGGCUGCCCUUCAGCACCAUUGCCAAGCACUACAGCUGGGGCACAGCCUUCUGGGUGGCUGAGCUGGUUUGUGCCGCCAGCACCGCUGCCUUCUUCCUGCUUCGAAACAUCCGCACCAAGAUGGGCAGAGUGCCCAAGAAGGCUGAGUGAAGAGAGCAGGCCCCGGGGCACCCGCACCUGCAGCCUCUCGCCUGCACGCAGUGGGGGAGGGGGCUGCUCCGGCCGGGCCUGAACCUUCAGCUUCUGUUUCUGCGCCUUCUCCCUCGUCCAGGUGGCGCUGAAGUUAACAGUGGCUAAUGAGGUACCAGCUCCCCUUGCCAUGCUCUAUUUAAAAGAUAACCUGUGUUCGGGACUCCAUUAGCUCCCAUUUCCUGCCUUCAAACAGAAACCCCUCGCCCUCCCCAGUCAGGGCGUCUCCUAGAGCAGCCUUCCUCCGCUGGGCCCCGUCUCACCCCAUUCACCUGACCCACCGGAGUGGUUCUGCCCCUGCAGCCACAGCGCACUAAAGGCCAGUGACUUCCGCUCUGCCCCGAGGCCCUCAGCCGUGGGCAGCUGCUCUUGCCAAUACCUCAGUCUCCAGGGGAAGAGAGGAGGCCAAAACCCGGGGUACAGCAGGAGGUAUGGGUGGGAGGGUAAAGGGCUUGUUAUAGAUUAAAACUGGAUUUUAUACUAAA